GAGUUUAAGUUUGCGCUACGAUAAGCAUCGCCCUACGCCAAUGUCCUACCUUAAUUCUAAUUAUUCUUAAUCACACACAAAGAAUUCGACUAAUGAAUCUUUUCUAAGGUGUUAGUUUGUCUAGGUAGAUGAUUAAUUACGUAGUAUUUGUUAGUCCGUAGAAGGAGCGUUUCGUUUGUCAGUCCGUCAUACGACCACGGCGAAUUCCCUAACUACGAAUCGAACGACGAAACAAAAAAAAAAGAAGUUCCGACAAACGCGAGAAAUUCUGAUUAUGAAGCCAAAAUUUCUUACCUUGACAAUUAAUUGUAGAUACCAACUUGGCUUAACAACACAACAUAUAAAAUCAUCAAUUCUACAGUAGAUCGUGAAACCAAAUAAAAAAAAGCCACAAUCUUAAAAAUAUCACCAUAUGAUAUCAUCGUCUAUCUCCACUUACACCAGAAACGGAAGGAAAAAAAAGCAAAAUAUUCGAGACAUCACGAUAAUUAAUUGAUCAACAUGGCUGCCGUCUCUCCCGAAGCCGUUCUUGGAACUACUGUUGCAUUUUCCUUCAUCUUAUUCGGAAAUGCCAUCACCCAAUCAUUCAUGGGAGUUCCCGCUUUGCUAGUGGAUUUCCCAUCGCCGUCUUCACCUGAACAUGCCUCUCGCGCCCGGUUGCUGGGUCGACAGUGGCCCGUAUUCUGGGUCGUAGGCAAUAACUUCUUCCGGCCCAUCAGUACCCUCGGCAUUUUUGGUUAUGCCUACACAUCAUGGGUAGCCUCAUCCCAAGGGCCUAAUGGUGUUCUAGGCGAUUGGAAGCCGUAUGCGGUCGCAGCAUUCUGUCACCUCGUUACAGUUGUACAUUCCGCUGCGAAUAUGCAGCCGAUCAACGAGAAGAUCGACGCCCUACGAGAGCCCAAGGGGAAGGUCGACCCUAAACAAGCUGAGACAUACGCUCGCAAGUGGAUUAAAUUCAAUACAGUGCGCCUCAUUACCCCUGUCGUCGCCGGUUCUCUCGCGCUAUUUCAGCUGUUGAGGCGGCAUUAGAUCUAGCUUAUGCAGGGGGAACGAGCAUGUUUUUUCAGCUUUCGAGACGAUCUACGAUUAUCGAGGGGAGCUAUUGUCGAGCUCGAUACGCUGUGAACUGUAGCUUGCACGACCUACAUAAGAGCUGCCUUUAAGUACCAAAGGUACCCACUUCACGAUACCACCUACAUUACACUCUUUCGCCGUGUAUUAAAUAGAAUAGCAUUCGUCCAGGGACGUGAUAUUUGAACGAAGGGGAGGAUAGGCGGAGAUUCUUGUACACUAUAUUGUUUUCAACGAAUUGGUCCUUCGUUUGUAGCUUUUAUUUACCUAGGGAACUACCCAAUCGAACAUUACUUGUGCAUCACUUACGGUGGAUCUGGUGUAUACACAGAGUACGAAAACAUAAAUAUUGUGAUAGACAUGAGCAAUUAGACA